GUCUAGAGCGCACAGCUUGGAAGCGCGUGCGGUAGGCAAGGCCGAGUGUGGGAGUGGAGGGUACGCGCUACCUACACAGGUGGCGGCCCGGGCAACAGUGCGCUGGUUCGUGGCAUUGAGACCUCAUGGCGGAGAUUAUUCAGGAGCGAAUAGAAGAUCGACUCCCGGAAUUGGAGCAGCUGGAGCGCAUCGGCUUGUUCAGCCAUGCGGAAAUUAAGGCUAUCAUUAAGAAGGCUUCAGAUCUAGAAUAUAAAAUACAGCGGCGAGCUCUUUUUAAAGAAGAUUUUAUCAAUUAUGUACAAUAUGAAAUUAAUCUUUUGGAGCUGAUCCAGAGGAGAAGGACACGCAUUGGGUAUUCGUUUAAGAAGGAUGAGAUUGAGAAUUCUAUAGUGCAUCGGGUACAAGGUGUCUUUCAACGUGCUUCAGCAAAGUGGAAAGAUGAUGUUCAACUUUGGCUGUCCUAUAUAGUCUUCUGUAAGAAAUGGGCUAACAAAACUCAGCUUAGCAAGGUUUACUCUGCCAUGUUGGCCAUUCAUUCUAACAAACCAGCUUUAUGGAUUAUGGCAGCCAAAUGGGAAAUGGAAGAUCGCUUAUCUUCUGAAAGUGCAAGACAACUAUUCCUUCGGGCUCUGCGUUUCCAUCCGGAGUGCCAGAAACUUUACCAGGAAUAUUUUAGGAUGGAGCUGAUGCAUGCUGAGAAAUUGAGAAAGGAAAAAGAAGAAUUUGAAAAAGCCAAGAUGGAUGUGGCAAAUCUUGAUUAUCCUGAGGAAAUCCUGACAGGUGCAUUGGCUCGAAUCAUCUACAAAAAUUCUAUAAGCAAAAUUAAAGGUGCAGAAUUUCAUUUGUCGUUGCUUUCAAUUGCACAACUAUUUGAUUUUGCCAAAGAUCUGCAAAAAGAAAUUUAUGAUGACCUUCAGACUUUACAUACAGAUGAUCCCUUUACUUGGGACUAUGUGGCUCGGCGAGAAUUAGAGAUUGAGUCUCAGGCAGCAGGUGAGCAGCCUACAGCAAAACAAGCCAAAGCAGUGGAGUUGUGUCGGAGAGAAGAAAGAUGCUGUGCCGUGUAUGAAGAGGCAGUGAAGACUCUCUCCACAGAGGCUAUGUGGAAGUGUUACAUUAUCUUUUGCUUGGAACGGUUUGCUAAGAAGACCAGUAGUAAGUUCCUCAGAGAGAAGAGACUGGAAAGAACCAUGAUUGCAUUUAGGAAGGCACAUGAACUCAAACUUUUACCAGAAUUACAGUACAAGCAGUGGAUCCAGCUGUUACUGCAGCAUGACUUCUUAGAGGAGGCUUUGGAGGUAGCAGUAGCUGGGACCGAGUUAUUUAGAGAUUCUGUUAUGAUAUGGCAGAUGAAGUUGCAGGUGCUGAUUGACUCAGAAAGCCCUGAUGUAGGCAUGCUUUUUGAAGAAGCUUUUGUGCACCUGAAAACCCAGGGCUGUCUUCCAUUGUGGAUUUCUUGGGCAGAGUGGAGUGAAAGUGCCAAAAGCAAAGAAGACACUGAACAAGUCUUUAAGAAAGCUCUCUUAACUGUCACGGGUGCUGACUCUGUUACUCUUAAGGAGAAGUAUCUAGAUUGGGCUUAUCGAAGUGGUGGCUGCAAAAAGGCCAGAACUGUGUUUAAAAGUUUGCAGGAAAGUCGUCCAUUUUCAGUUGAUUUUUUCAGGAAAAUGAUCCAGUUUGAAAAGGAGCAAGAGUCAUCCAAGAUGGUGCACUUAAGAGAAUAUUAUGAGAGGGCUUUGAGAGAGUUCGGAUCUGUAGAUUCAGAUCUUUGGAUGGAUUACAUAAGAGAAGAAUUGGACCACCCCCUUGGUAGACCUGAAAACUGUGGACAGAUAUAUUGGCGAGCCAUGAAAAUGUUACAGGGCGAAUCAGCAGAGGCAUUUGUAACUAAACAUGCGAUGCAUCAGGCUGGCCAUUUGUGAAAAGAGGAAGAACACAGCCAAUUUUGAAAUUAUAUAAGCCCUCUGGGUACACUUGCAUUAUGAGGUCAUCUACAGAUGGCUGUCUGGUUUUUUGAGACAUGCCUAAUUAUGUUAAUGUAUUUAUCUUGAAUUCUAGAGAAGAGAACUGUUUUUUAGUGGCCAGAGGCAACUUGUUGAGGCUGGGACCCAUCAAAGGUCUUAAAUGACUUUCAAAAUAUAUGAAAAUCAUACAUCA